CUGAAAACCCAAGAAGGCUCUAUUCAUUCUCAACUCUUCAAUUUCUCAUUCUUUCUAGUAAUUCCCAAAUAUCGAAUGGAACCCAAAUCUUUCUUAGUGAAGCAAAUCGAAUCCUUUGUUGAUUCUUCAGCGUCUUCUUCUCAGCAGGCGGCUAAUGUUAGUUCUAUUGCGUCUCUCUUGAAGAAUGGCGCAAUUACAAUGGAAUUUUUGGUGAGGGAAAUGGAGAUGUAUCUUACCACCACCGACCAUAUUCUUCGUGCAAGAGGUAUUCUUCUCCUUGCAGAAGUACUUGAGCAUCUACGGUCAAAGCCACUUGAUAAUGCUUCAAUCCACACCUUAGUAGGGUUCUUCACUGAGAGACUGGCAGAUUGGAGAGCUUUACGUGGUGCACUUGUUGGUUGUUUGGCCCUUGUGAGAAGAAAAUUUGAUGCAGGAGUGGUAACUGAAGCUGAUGCUAAAUUAUUGGCCAAGUCUUUUUUGGAGAACUUACAGGUGCAAUCACUAGGCCAGCUAGAUAGAAAGAUGUGCUUUGAACUUCUGGAAUGCCUUAUAGAGCGUUACCCAAAAUCAAUAUCUUUACAGGGUGAUCACGUUGUUUAUGGUGUCUGUGAAGCUAUCGAAGGAGAAAAAGAUCCUCAGUGUUUAAUGCAUGUGUUCUGCAUCGUGGAGGGUUUGGCAAAAAUAUUUCCUGAACCUUCUGGACCUUUAGCAACUUUUGCUGAGGAUCUCUUUGACAUAAUAGGUUGUUAUUUUCCUAUCCACUACACACAUACGAAGGGUGAAGAUGUUGAUGUCAACAGAGAUGAACUCUCAAAGGCUUUGAUGCUGGCAUUUUCUGCAUCGCCCUUUUUUGAGCCGUUUGCCAUUCCCUUGCUUUUGGAGAAACUUUCGUCCAAUCUGCCAAUAGCGAAGAUUGAUUCACUGAGGUAUCUAAGCUACUGCAUUGUGAAGUAUGGGCCUGAAAGACUAGCAAAGCAUGCAGGAGCUAUAUGGAGCUCUUUGAAAGCUGCACUUUGUGAUUUUCAAACAGAUGUUUCAACCCUGGCUUCAGAUUUAUCAAAUAGUAUGGGUUUCCAAGAGAGUGAAAUUACAAAAGAAGCUUUAGUACUUCUUCAACAGGUUGCCUCACAACAGAGCAAUAGCUUUGUGAACUUAGUUCUUGAAGAUAAGGACAUAAAUGGCCUUUUAAACUAUAUUUCUGUUUCUGGAAGUUAUAAAUCUGUUCCGCCUUUGAAUGAGCAGAAUCUUCGUUCAGUUGGUCGUGUUUUCUCUGUUUUAGCAAAAGCGUCAACAACUUCUUGUAAUUCAGUGUUUGAUACUCUUUUCCUCCGUCUAUUGGACAAUCUUGGAGCUUCUGUCAGUACUUCAAAGGAUAUGCUAGCUGUAGAUUCUAAUUUAUCGUACCAGGGAUUGAAUUUCUGUGCUGGUUAUAUAUGCGUUGAAAUCCUUGGUGCAUGUCGAGAAUUAGCUGUUACUUCUGUUCGAGAGACUGCGAAUUAUAACUUUGUUGAAGAUGCAUGGUGCCAGACACUUGCGAGAUAUUCUUAUUCAUUGAUGAAGGCAUUCAUCUCAAAUUUGGAAUCAAGCACUGCUAAGAUGUAUCAUGAUGAGGAUGUUUCUCUACGAGUGAAGGGUCUUCAGAUUCUGGCUACAUUUCCUGGACAUUCCGUUCCUGUGUCAACAACAACUUUUGAUACUAUUAUGGGUAUAUUUGUAUCAAUCGUCAAUAAUAAUUUUAACAUGCCCACUCUAUGGAAUGUAUCACUGAAUGCACUAGCGGAAACUGGUACAUUUCUGUACGAAUAUCCAUACUCUGAGAAGUUGCUAAGCUACACAUCUACUGUUGUUGAGAGGCUGAUUUCUCUAAUCUCGUCUGACGAUUCAGCUAUUCCUUUCUCUUUGCUUUUAGAAGCACUUUCUAAAAUUGGUGCUACUGGGCACACAGUGUUGUUGAAAAUUGUUCAAGGGAUGCAAGACACGAUUUCAGUCAAGUUUGCAAAGUUCUAUCUUGAUGGAGAUGUGAAAGUGUGUGCAGACCUGGUGCAGCUUCUAGAUUGCUACUCUAUAAAGUUACUUCCAUGGUUUCACACAGUUGAGGGCUCUGAGAGUUUGCUUUUGAGGUUUGCCAUUGAUAUAUGGGAUCAAAUUGAAGCAGCCACAGCAAGCAGUUUUAUUGUUGAGGGAAAGCCUCUUCUAGAUGCAACGAGAUUGGCUCUAAAACUGGCUGUUGCUAUGCUGUUGGAGGAAGGUCAGCUGCAGAUCACUGAGAAAGCUUUUGAUGUGAUUUCAUCAAAUUUGUCUUUUGUACCCAAUUCCAAGCUAGGAGAGUUGAAAAUAUCAGGAGAUCCAGAUGGUUUUUUGUGCAGAGAUGAGUGGCUUACAUCACUGUUUGCAUCUGUCGUUAUUGCACUUCGUCCUAAAACGCUUAUUGGUAACUUUAGAGCUGUUAUAGAGUUACUGUUGACAUCUUUCAUAAAGGGUCAAGUGGCAUCGGCUCAAGCAUUGGGUUCAAUCAUCAAUAAGAUGCCGUUGAAGAAUGAUGACAUGCACGAUUUUAGCUACCUUGACCUGGAUGCUGCUUUGUCAUUGAUUUUAGAAAGUAUUUUAGGACGUUACAGUAAGCGUAUACUUUCAAGUAGUUCUGAGAUUGAUUCUGGUGAGCUUUGUCCAAAUGUGUCUAUUGGUCUUCCGCUUCAAGGCAAAUCUAUCUCUGGGCUUGCAUGGAUAGGGAAAGGACUGCUAAUGAGGGGACAUGAAAAGUUAAAAGAUAUAACUAUGAUUUUCUUCAGUUUUCUAGUCUCAAACACUGAAUCAGAAGCCUUAACUGGCGAUAAAAGUUUGUCAGCAGAAGGGGAGAUACCACCAUUGAUGGCAAAUUAUGCAGCAGAUGCAUUUAACAUUCUUAUGAGUGAUUCUGAGGAUUGUUUGAAUAAAACAUUUCAUGCAAUUAUAAGACCUCUUUACAAACAGCGGUUUUUCUCUACUGUAAUGCCAAUUUUGCUGUCUGCAGUGAAGAAGACCCAGUCCCAUUCAAUGAGAUCUAUGCUUUACCGAGCAAUCGGACAUGUUAUUUCAAACACACCAGUAGCAGCUAUCCUGAUAGAAACUAAGAAGGUUCUUCCUGUACUCUUGGAUGCUAUCUCUGCCCUUAGUGAGGACAGUCUUGACAAAGAUAUGAUCUACAAUCUCUUGCUGGUCAUUUCUGGUCUUCUAAUGGAUAAAAAUGGACAAGACGUUACCGUGGAGAAUGCUCAUGUCAUAAUAAACUGCUUGACUGGACUGCUCUCUUACUCCCAUAAGAUGCUCGUACGAGAAACAGCAGUGCAAUGUCUUGUUGCUGUGUCAGGGUUGCCCCAUGCAAGAAUCUAUCCAAUGCGAGCACAGGUACUCAGAGCUUUGUCUAAGGUUUUAGAUGAUCCAAAGAGGACUGUUCGUCAAGAAGCUGUCAGAUGCCGGCAUGCAUGGGCUUCAAUUGCAUGAAGAAGUUAUUUUCAAACAGCCAAGAUGAAUUGCAAGGUGAGUAAUGAAGGCUUCACCGCUGCCUCAGUAUGGUCCCCUUGCUGCUGCAGUAGGUUAGGACGUCUUUUACUUCGGCCGACUUUGGCAUGGUGAUUUAUUCUGGUGGAGGCCUUAUUGAGAAAGUGUGAAAAGCAUUUAAGGAUUUUCAGAAACAUCGAUAUUUAGCACUAGUUAGCUGGAUUUCCAACUGACUAAGAGCAGGAUUGCUUUAAGAUUGAAAUUUUGUAGUUCCAUUGCUUCAAACAUCGUGCUAUAUUACCGAUCAUUUUACGAUGUUUGGGUGAUUGUUUUGAUAGUAUGAAAUGUAUGUAGCUUUAGUCUAUUAGAUUUGCCAACUAUGGUAAUUGUGUUAAAAGGUAGAUCAAAUUGGUUUUGGAUUGUUUAGGUUUCACCUUACGAAUUAAAUAGUUUGAUUAUUUUACAAAUAUUAUGUUAAGUUUAUUUGUUAAAAUUAAGUUUAUUUGUUUUGGAUUUGCCAA